AUGAGCCUUGCCACUGAUCAAACUGCUCUUCUUUCAUUAAAGCAAAACAUCAUCUUUGACCCUUCUCAUACACUUGCAGCAAAUUGGACUAAUUCGAGCUCCGUCUGCAGCUGGAUUGGCGUGUCUUGCAGCUUGCGUCACCAUAGAGUAGCUGCAUUGAAUCUCUCUUACAUGAAUCUCUCCGGCAGCAUUCCACCACAACUCGGGCAGCUAUCCUUCCUCGCCUCCCUCGACCUCACCAGCAACCUCUUCAGUGGAGCGUUGCCUCACGAGCUGUCUUUCCUUCACAGCUUUGUAGGUUCCAUCCCAAAAUCCCUCUCAAAUCUAACAAGCCUGGAAUUCCUCAACCUAAAUUACAAUUCUCUAAGUGGAGAAAUUCCAAAAGAGUUAGGCAGACUUGAAAAUCUAGAUUCUCUGUAUAUUAGUUGGAAUCAUCUCUUCGGGGCUAUACCAUCAGCGAUAUUCAACCUGUCGAAGCUGGUGUCUAUAGGGUUCACAGGGAAUGAAUUGAGUGGAAGUCUUCCAACAGACAUGUGCACCAAUCUUCCAUUUCUUGUACAGAUCUAUUUUUCUAAAAAUCAGCUGAGUGGCGCGAUUCCGACAAAUCUAUCACAUUGUUCAGAGCUACAGCUGCUGUCCCUCUCCUACAACUCAUUCACUGGGCAGAUACCUGCGGAAAUCGGCUACUUAACAGCUCUUCACACUCUAUUCCUCGGUGGUAACUAUUUGAAUGGUACACUACCAGCUGAGAUUGGCAAUCUUCACAACUUGGUUUUUUUUGCUGUUGAAAAAAAUCAGAUUGGGGGCUCAUUCCCUUUCAGUAUUUUCAUGAAUAUGUCUUCUCUGCAAGAAUUAACACUAUGGAGAAACAAGUUCACAGGGAAUCUUUCAAAGGAGGUUGGAAAUCUUACAAUGCUAAUCGAAUUAUCAAUUUCAGAAAACUACAUGACAGGGAUUAUUCCCACUGAAAUCGGGCAACUUUACCAAAUGUAUAAAUUAUCAAUAGAUGACAAUAACUUGAGUGGUUCAAUUCCAAAUGGCCUCUUUAACAUUUCUACACUUCAAGUUCUUUCAUUAACUGAGAAUGCCCUCUCUGGAGUUCUUCCACCCAAUUUGUGCCAACAUGAAGCUCUUCCCAUUUUUGAAGAGCUCUAUCUUGGCGAAAAUUCCAUCUCUGGACCAAUACCCAACUCUAUCUCCAAUUGUUCUCAACUCAGAUUUCUCUCUCUUAAUGAAAACAAAUUCAGUGGUUAUAUACCUACUGAUCUCGGCAACCUAAGACUUCUCCUACGCCUUGACCUGUUCAGCAACAAUCUUUCUUCAAACCUCGAUUUCAUUACCUCAUUGUCGAAUUGCAGAUCUUUAAAUCGUUUGGGUUUAGGUGAUAAUCCUCUGUACGGCGCCAUUCCAACUUCUAUAGGGAAUUUAUCUUCCUCGCUCCAACAAAUCUAUGCCGCCGGCUGCAAAUUGAACGGCGCCAUUCCUGCUCAAAUAGCCAAUUUAACAAGCUUGGCGGUCUUGAAUUUCCAUGACAAUGAGUUAUCUGGUAAUGUUCCCCUCUCAAUCAAACAUUUGUGUGACCUUCAAGGAUUAUAUCUUGGUGCUAACAUGUUGAAAGGCCCCUUUCCGUAUGCUAUAUGUGAUUUAUACAACCUCGUUCAUAUAGAUUUGAGCCGAAAUCAAUUCUCAGGCUCAAUUCCUAAUUGUUUGGGUAAUGCCUCUUCUUUAAGAGUUGUUUUUCUAAACGCCAACAUGUUCCAUUCAAGUAUACCAUCCAGCUUAUGGGGCCUUGAAGAUUUGCUGAAUCUGGAUUUUUCCUCAAAUUCAUUUACUGGGUUUUUACCUCAAGAGAUAAGUAACUUAGGAGCAACAAUAUCUAUUGAUCUCUCCAUGAAUCAGUUGUCAGGGUCUAUUCCCGACACUAUUGGAAAGUUGCAGAAUUUGGCAAAUCUUUCUUUGGCAAAUAACAGACUAGAAGGUUCUAUUCCAGUUUCCAUGGGAAGCAUGAUCAGUUUGGUGGCACUUGACUUGUCCCACAACAACCUCUCUGGUUCAAUUCCAAAGUCUUUGGAAGAGCUUCAAUACCUCAACUAUUUCAAUGUCUCUUUCAAUAGUUUGAGUGGAGAAAUUCCUAGUGGUGGCUCUUUCAGAAACUUUACUAUGGAUUCUUUUAAGGGCAAUGAGGCAUUGUGUGGAAUCCCGAGAUUCCAUGUCCCAAUUUGCCUAGCUGUUUCUAAUCAUGUAUCAAAGAGGAAGAGGGUUGAACGAGCUUUAUUUGUUGCUUUUGGAGUUGUGGCUUUCGUUUCAAUUGUGUCUUUGGCUUUUAUCUUAUUUAGAUGCAAAAGGAAAGAUAAGACAACUAGAGAAGUUGAUGAGUUGAUAUCCAUUGUGCCAGAAAGAAUAUCUUAUUAUGAGCUUAUGCAAGCAACUGCACAUCUCAGUGAGAGCAAUUUGCUUGGAAUUGGGAGUUCUUGCUCUGUUUACAAAGGAAUUCUUAACAAUGGGAAUGUUGUUGCUGUUAAGGUGUUCAACCUUCAAUUACAAGGCAUUUUGAGGAGAUUUGAUGUCGAAUGUGAGAUACUUCGUAGCAUUCGGCAUAGGUGUCUGACAAGCGUCUUAAGUUGUUGUUCUAAUGAAGAGUUCAAGGCAUUGGUACUUGAAUAUAUGCCCAUGGGAAACCUUGAUAUUUGGUUAUAUUCUCAUAACCACUGCUUGAAUUUUAUGGAAAGAUUGAAUAUAAUGAUUGAUGUUGCAUCUGCUCUGGAGUAUCUUCACCAUGGUUGUUCAACACCUAUUGUUCAAAGCGACCUGAAGCCAAGUAAUGUGUUGUUAGAUGAAGAUAUGGUUGGCCAUGUAAGUGAUUUUGGGAUAGCAAAGUUACUAUGCGAUGGAGAUAGCAUGGUGUUAACCAACACCCUAGGAACAUUGGGUUACAUUGCUCCAGAGUAUGGAUCAGAAGGACUAGUCUCCACAAGGUGCGAUGUGUAUAGCUAUGGUGUGAUGUUGAUGGAAGUAUUCACGAGAAAAAGGCCAAGUGAUGACAUGUUUGUUGGAGAUCUAAGCUUGAAGAGUUGGAUCGAAAGGUCAGUUCCAGAAUUCACAUAUCAAGUUAUAGAUGCCAACUUAGUAAUGAAUGUUGAAGAAGAAAAUGGUGACAAAAUUGUGAAAUUCACAACAUCCAUAUUGGAGUUGGCAUGCAAGUGUUCUGCACAUUCCCCUAAUAAAAGGAUUAAUAUGAAGGAAGCUAUAGCAGAGCUGCAGAAAAUCAAACAUGGGUUUUUGGGAUGAAGCUUAAAUCACAGAGGGCAACACCUUACUUUUAUUUGGUGAAGCAAAUGCAGAGAGGGUUAUGAGACUUGCAUUGCUAUCAGUGUAAUUCCAUUCGCCGUUUUGUUUUAUAUUUUCUAUGCUUUGUACAUUGAACUUGUCUUGAUCUACGUUCUACAUCUAAUUUUAUCUUUUCAAACUUUGUCAGUAA